UUGGGUGAAUUGAGCAGUGCAGUACAUCAGUCGUUUCGCAAUUUCGCUUCCUCUUUGAGUGUGACGGCUGAAAUAUUGAGCAGAAUGGAUUGGGAAUUCGAAGGAGAGCGCAGAUUGAGAAAGCAGAGUCGGAGGAAUUACAACUACGAUACGGAUGAUAUUAUCGAAGGAAAACGAACAUUUAGCGUCGAAGAAAAGCUAAACAGUCCAAAAUUCACGGAGGGAGAUUUUGUGCAGAAACUCGCAGGAGAUGAUUUAACCCUUAAGUUCAUACAAGAAAGCGGCUUUGCCUUUCCCAUGGUAAUCAAAAACCCAGACGGGUUAGAAAUGCGGGUUCCUCGGGAAGACUUUUCUGUAGAAGAUGUCAAGAAUUUUGUCGGAGCUCGGAGAAUGGUGGAUGUGAUCGAUGUCAACACUCAGCAAGCUUUAGAAAUGACUUUACAACAAUGGGUGAAAUAUUUUACAAGUCCAGAGCGUGAAGAUAUCUAUAAUGUCAUCAGCUUGGAGUUUAGCCACACGAAAUUAGAAGAUUUGGUCGAGCCUCCCAAAAUGGUUCGUGAAAUGGACUGGGUGAACGUCGUUUGGCCCCAACAUCUCAUCGAAGAACAGAGAGAUUCAACAAAUUCUUUAGCAGAUAUGAAGUAUCCUAAAGUGAGAAAGUACGUGUUGAUGAGUGUGGGUGGGUGCUACACCGACUUUCACAUCGACUUCGGAGGCACCUCGGUAUGGUACCACAUAAUGAGAGGCAGAAAGGUUUUCUGGCUAAUUCCGCCCACCGAAAAGAAUCUUCAUCUGUACGAACAAUGGGUGUUAUCUGGAAAACAACAGAAUGUUUUCUUUGGUGACCAAGUAGAGAAAUGUUGCCGGACUUAUUUGGAGAAAGGAGAUACGUUCUUGAUCCCCACAGGUUGGAUCCAUGCCGUGUUUACCCCUGAGGACUCGCUUGUAUUUGGUGGGAAUUUUGUGCAUAGUUAUAACAUCCCGGGACAAAUUAAAAUCAGCCAGAUCGAAGACAAUACCAAGGUCCCUCUGAAGUUCCGGUAUCCGUUUUUACCUCAAAUUAUGUGGUACGCCGCUGACAAGUACGUCCGAUUGUUGGAACAAAAUAAACAAGAAUUAGGCUUAAAAUCGUCUACCAAAACAGAUAACAAGGAAGAUACUUCCGCUUUAAAGAAAAAAGACGCAUCUGGCUUGAAAGGGAAAACUGCAGGUAAACGAACAGGCAAGAAGGAUCCGCGAGAAGUGGACGAGAAAGCUAGUAAUGGCACACAUGGAGAAAAUAAUGAGGAUGACUUAACAGAGACAACAGGGCGUAGGAGAUCAAGCCGAGUCGCCAAGCAAGCUCAGGAGAACACCGAGAAAAAGAGCAGUACGAAUGGUAAAGAAGAGGAACCUGAUACAGAGGAAUGGAAGAAAAAGAAGGGGAAUCCUAAGCGACAAGCAAAGGACGAGGAAGUAAAGGUGGAAGUGAAUGGGGAAACCCAUGAUGAAGAAGAGAACAAAGAGAAGAUUGAUGGUGAAGAGAACGAGGAAGAUAAGAAGACUCCGUGGAGUCCGGUGUAUCUUACACGAUUUGAAGUCGAUGGGUUGACUAAGUUGAUAGAAAGACUGAGGGAUUGGCCUCAAGCUCAAAAGAACGUUCCUAAGACUUUGGAAGACCCCGAGGGAGUGUUGCAGAGAUUAGAGGACCUUCUUGAAUUACAUAGGGACGAUGACCCCGAACUUGCAGCGUCAGGGUUGCAACAUCUGUUGCAGAUUGACAAACCAGUAGUGAAAAAACCUGUAGCAAGGAAACAAGGUCCAAGGGGACCAAUGCUCGGUACUAAAGUCGGCCCAGGAAUCAGACGCCGGCGCACUCGUUGUGGGCAGUGUGAAAAUUGUCAACGAGAGGACUGUGGCGAGUGCCGCACCUGUAAAGAUAUGAAGAAAUUUGGAGGGGCAGGAAGGAUGAAGCAAUCGUGUCUUCUUAGGGCGUGCACUGAUCCUAACCUGCCCACUUGUGUGAAGUGUUUAGUUUGUAAUCAGGUCAACACAGAGGAUAACCCACUAAUGGAGUGUCGCUUCUGUGGUGAGAUUGUUCACCCGCCUUGUUUAAAAGACAUCAAAGGGCAAUGUAAGAUUGUUACUGAGAUCAACAACUGCUGGGAGUGUCCCAAGUGUUGCAAAGAUGCAGCGGCGACAUCUGUCGAUGAUCUUCCAAGUAUUCCUGCAAGGAAAAGAAAGGCAAGCCCCAUUAAAGAGUCCGCUAAAAAGGAUGACCGAGCUACAAAAGAGAAAAUCAGAAAGAGGAGCAAAAUGGAGAGCGAGUCCUCAGAAGAAGGAAGUGACGAGUUUUCUGUGAAUGUUUCGGAUGAAGUGACUUCACGGCAUCGCCGUCCUGUUGUAGCACCCAAACCUCCACCUGGCCCUCCGCCAGAAGUACAACCUAAACUCGUGGUUCGUCCUUGCCCAGUCUCUCCUCCUCCUCAGUCUUUUUCGCUGGACAGUGGCCAAAGUCACGUGAUGGACCGUCAGCUUUGGCUUUCAGUGUUUAGCUUUCUUUCCCAGCCUGAGCUCUGUCUGUGUAUGCGCGUGUGUCGCACCUGGAACCGCUGGUGCAUGGAUCGCCGUCUCUGGUCUGUGAUUGAUUUAUCAGAAAAGAAAGUUGUGACGCCUUCGGCCCUGAAGGGGAUUGUACGGCGCCAACCUACAACACUUAACCUGAGCUGGACAAACGUCACUUAUAAACAACUGCAAUGGCUUCUAAACCGUCUGCCGAGAAUAAGAGAGUUGUAUCUGAGUGGCACAACGGAAGCCACGGCGUAUGCGCUCUCCACCGUCAUCUGCCCUCGGUUGAAAGUCCUGGGGCUUAGCUGGUCCGUUGGAAUCACUGACUCUCUGAUGAAAAAACUUGUUUUACCUGUUUCUGACUCACGUGCGGCUCCAGGGGACAACAAAAGCCCUUUUUUAAGAUUAUCCACCCUCUUUCUUUCCGGCAGUGACGUCACUGGUUCGACUCUUCGUUUGCUGGUGCAACAUUGCCUUGACUUGAAGAAGCUGGACCUGAGUUUCUGUCCCGGAAUAACUGAUCAAGAUAUUGAAAGUGUCUGUGGACAGGCAUCGAUAAAUGAGUUUCUUCUGAGUGGCUGCGCUAAGCUGUCUGAUAAGUGGUUGUCCUUUUUGAAGCUCUUUCCGUCGCUUCUCCGUCUUGACUUGCGCUCUUGUAAUGGGGUCACUUCCGAUGCUGUUCAAGAAUUUGUUAAAUCUCGCAAGGAUUUGCUGAAAAUACUGGAAGGAAAACUUAUUGUAAAUAUGUAAAUACGGCUGUCUGUGAUGCCCGGCACUGGCAUAACCUUUGCUCGAUCGAACUCAAAACCUUUUCAAAACGUUUUCUUCGGCCGCUACACCAACCUUAUUCGCAUGCCCAUUCGUUUCGUUCUUAACCAUUCAUGGACACGUUUCCUUUGUUGGUUUGGUGAUUUGAAAUCAUGUCGCUUCCAUUUUUACUCUUUAAGUUUAGUUGGACGUAGGUGGGAUUGUAUCACUGUAAGAUGACAACUGAGGGUUGACCUGAGGUUUAAGGUACAACGCUCCUCGCCAUUGUUUGUUUUAUUCUUUAGCACAACAUUUUGUCUUUAACAAUUUGAGGACAUUUGCUUUAAAAGUGGGAUGUAUUGAGUACGAGCAAAUUAGCACUAAACAACUGCCUUCACCUUUUCAGUGUUCUUUUCCCUAGCUGCUUGUUCUUAGAGUUUUCUCUCGAUCACUGCUAUGUUAAGCUCACAUUGCAAGUUAUACAUCCACCCACAGAGCUUCAUAGUAAUGGAGCCAUUAGAGAGGGAGCGGUUUCCGAAAUAUGUGACGAAGAUCACAAUUUCUCGUGGUUCACUGGCACAGAAAAAUUUUGAAAUGAAACAAACCAGGUCAUAGCAGGCACGCAUUUUUUUUUUUCUUUUUUUUUUUUGUCGUUUGAUUAUCAUGUACUCAGUUCUAUGCAGGUCCAACGAUAAUUGUUAAAGUUUUCUUAAUUUUUCUUUAUAAAAUAUACGAUGGACCCGUAUAAAAGAUGCAGUUACUUAAAUCUUAAUGCGUUUAGACCUGCUUUUGUGAAACAAUUUUUGUAAAUUGAAUAGUUUUAAUGACAGCAUUUUUUUUACGAAA